UUGUGUAGGCUGUUUUUUUGGGGGUGGACGAAGGGGAUGUCCUGUUUUCACCAGAGACACGACGCGAAGGGGAAACUUAGACAUUGGAAGGAACGAGAAUAAAUACCUAAACACGGACGGGAGGAUCCGCGGCUGGGGCAGACACUUGGACUUCGGGAUCCCGAGGCGAUCCGGGCGACGGGAGAUAGUCCAUUUUUAAUUCAAGGAAGCUGCUUCUACUGGGGAGUGGCAGGAGAAGUGAGAAAACCACAUGGAAGACUCCCAGGAUUUAAAUGAACAAUCAGUAAAGAAAACGUGCACAGAUUCCGAUGUUUCAGAACCUCAGAAUUCCAGGUCUAUGGAAAUGCAGGACCUAGCAAGUCCUCAUACUCUUGUUGGACCUAGUGAUACUGCUGGUAGCUCCAAACUGGAUAAAUCCAAUCUCAGCAGCACAUCAGUCACUACGAAUGGAACUGGAGUGUCUCUUCUUGCAGUCAAAACAGAGCCCUUGAACAGCAGUGAAACCACAAGCACGACUGGAGAUGGAGCGCUUGACACUUUUACUGGGUCAGUAAUCACAAGCAGUGGCUACAGCCCUAGAUCAGCACAUCAGUACUCUCCCCAGCUCUAUCCUUCCAAGCCCUAUCCACACAUUCUUUCUACACCAGCAGCUCAAACUAUGUCUGCCUACGCAGGCCAGACUCAGUAUUCGGGGAUGCAGCAGCCAGCGGUCUACACAGCCUACUCACAGACAGGACAGCCCUACAGCCUGCCCACCUACGAUUUGGGUGUGAUGUUGCCAGCCAUCAAGACGGAGAGUGGACUUUCCCAAACUCAGUCCCCAUUACAAAGUGGCUGCCUCAGUUACAGCCCAGGGUUUUCAACCCCACAACCAGGCCAGACACCAUAUUCUUAUCAAAUGCCAGGUUCUAGUUUUGCACCAUCAUCUACCAUUUAUGCAAAUAAUUCAGUUUCCAAUUCAACGAAUUUCAGUGGUUCACAACAGGAUUAUCCGUCCUACACAGCCUUUGGCCAAAACCAGUAUGCACAGUAUUACUCAGCAUCAACCUAUGGAGCAUACAUGACUUCAAAUAACACAGCAGACGGCACAUCCUCAUCAACCUCCACCUAUCAGUUACAGGAAUCUCUCCCAGGACUGACUAGCCAACCAGGAGAGUUUGAUACUGUGCAAAGCCCCUCCACACCUAUCAAAGAUCUUGAUGACCGAACAUGCAGGAGUUCUGGGUCUAAGUCCAGAGGCAGAGGCAGGAAAAACAACCCUUCCCCACCUCCCGACAGUGACCUGGAGCGUGUGUUUGUCUGGGAUUUGGAUGAAACCAUAAUUGUUUUUCAUUCACUGCUCACAGGGUCUUACGCACAGAAGUACGGCAAGGACCCUCCCAUGGCUGUAACCCUUGGACUCCGAAUGGAGGAAAUGAUCUUUAAUCUUGCUGAUACACAUUUGUUUUUUAAUGAUUUAGAGGAAUGUGAUCAAGUUCAUAUAGAUGAUGUUUCCUCUGAUGAUAAUGGACAAGACUUAAGUACCUACAGUUUUGCAACUGAUGGCUUCCAUGCAGCUGCAAGUAGUGCAAACCUUUGUUUGCCAACAGGUGUGAGAGGAGGAGUGGACUGGAUGAGGAAGUUGGCUUUUCGUUACAGAAGAGUGAAAGAAUUAUAUAACACCUACAAGAACAAUGUUGGAGGACUCCUUGGCCCUGCCAAGAGGGAUGCGUGGCUGCAGUUAAGGGCAGAAAUUGAAGGCCUGACAGAUUCCUGGCUAACAAAUGCACUAAAGUCUUUAUCAAUUAUUAGUACUAGGAGUAAUUGUGUAAAUGUCUUGGUAACGACGACCCAGCUGAUCCCAGCACUUGCAAAGGUUCUGCUCUAUAGCUUAGGAGGUGCUUUCCCCAUUGAGAAUAUUUACAGUGCAACUAAAAUAGGAAAAGAAAGUUGCUUUGAACGAAUAAUGCAAAGGUUUGGCAGAAAAGUAGUAUAUGUUGUAAUUGGGGAUGGUGUAGAAGAAGAACAGGCAGCAAAAAAGCACAACAUGCCCUUCUGGAGGAUAUCAAGUCACUCGGACCUCUUGGCUCUACAUCAAGCACUGGAAUUAGAAUAUUUGUAACUGUGUUCUCUAGCUGGAGAUCC